CAUUUCUCUUUCUUUCUCGUCUAUAACUCCUCAAACCAAAGUCCUCCCUUUGCUUUCACUCUUCUUUAUUUAUUACUCACAGUUACAAAGGGAGAAGCUUGGACUACUCUACGGCACAUACGCACAAAUAAAUAGACCCAAGAAGUAAUAGAGACCUAUUAUGAGAACCAGAAGAGGAGGCCUCUCUUAUCCUCCACUUCUACCCUUAUCCACCAUGUGUUCAAACAAAGCUCUCUCAGAAAGGUCCUCUUUCAACACACUCACACCACGCCCCAAUAGAAACAGAAACAACAAAAUGCCUUCUUCGCAACAACAAUUUGUUAUCCGUAAAAGGCACAAGACAUUAUCAUUAUUAUCAUCUUCCUCUUCCGACACAACAACAACAACAGUCGGAGGCUCCGAACUCUUGGAGAUUUUGCCGGAUGACCUUCUCCUCUCAAUCCUCGCGAAACUUAGUUCGUCCUCCAAUUCUCCUUCCGAUUUCAUCCGUGUUCUUUUGACGUGUAAAAGGCUGAACACGUUGGGUCUUCACUCGAUGGUUCUAUCAAAAGCAUCCCAAAAAACAUUCUCAGUCAAAGCCAGAAGCUGGUCAGAAUCUUCUCACCGCUUCCUCAAACGUUGCGCUGAUGCCGGAAACAUCGAAGCAUGCUACACUCUUGGAAUGAUUCGGUUCUACUGUUUAGAACACCGUGAGAGUGGAAGGUCGCUAAUAUCGAAGGCGGCGAUGAGGUGUCACGCGCCGGCACUUUACUCUCUGGCCGUUUUACAGUUCAAUGGGAGCGGAGCCUCGAAGGACGACAAGGACCUAAGGGGCGGUGUGGCUCUUUGCGCACGCGCCGCAUUCCUCGGCCACGUCGACGCGCUGCGCGAGUUGGGUCAUUGCUUGCAAGACGGUUACGGAGUUAAGCAAAACGUUAUGGAAGGGCGACGGUUUCUCGUUCAAGCCAACGCGCGUGAGCUGGCGUCCGUUUGCAACAGCCUCCACGCGCGCACUAAUAUCACGUGGAGCAUUGUGCCGAACCAGAACCCGAACUUAAAUCCAAGGGUCCAGUAUGCUGCAGGGUGUCCGUUGCUAAGUGAUUACGGCUGUAACGUCCCGGCCCAGGAGCCACACCUUGCGAACCGGUUCAUGAUUGAGUGGUUUUCGAACCGGGGUGGUUCGGCCGGGCCGAAUCGGAGGCUGUGUUCACAUUUGGGUUGUGGAAGGCCUGAAACGAGGAAGAGAGAGUUUCGGAGAUGUUCGGUUUGUGGAGUGGUUAAUUAUUGCUCACGCGCUUGCCAAGCACUUGACUGGAAGAGUCGGCAUAAAGUGGAGUGUGCUCCUGUUGAGAGGUGGAUCGACGAUGACGACGGUGAAGACGGCGGUGAGGUGGCAGUGGUGGAUAGUUAGGAAUUUUUUUGGGGAUUUUGGAGCUCCCCAUUGACGGGGAAUGUAACGGUAACGGAAGCCUGUCUGGAAGUUACAAUGAGUAUGUGAAAAGGAAUAGAAAAGAAAAAGGAAAAAUAGAAAAUUGCGUUGGAGUAUUAACUGAAAUUUAUUAGCUCCAGAAAAAGAAAAAAAAAAAAACAAAGAUGAUGGGAUCACUUUUGUUUUCGUUUAUUCACAGGUGUAUUUCUUUGCCUUUUUUUUUAAUUAAACAUAGUCCUUAUUUCUGUUUUCUUAGGUAAUAUUUGGUAA